CCUCCCUUCACGCAGAGAGAGAGAGAGAGAGAGAGAGCAGAGAGAGGCGCAAGGUGGGCAGAAGUCUCCGAUUGCUUCCUUCCUUCCUUCCUUGGCUUGCUUUGCUUGGCGACACGGGGAUUUUUGCGACGAUCCACGCAGAAUCAGCAGCAACUGCCUCUCCUUCCUCGUCGUCUUUAGGCCCGGGAGGCAAAGCGAGAGUGAGAGAAGGAAAGAGGAAGAGAGGGAGCAUCAUGCCCAAAAGGAAGUCUCCAGAGAGUGCUGAAGGCAAGGAUGCAGCAAAAUUGACAAAACAAGAACCGACCAGACGAUCUGCAAGAUUGUCAGCUAAACCAGCUCUGCCAAAUCCUGAGCCAAAGCCAAGGAAAACCAGUAAGAAGGAAUCUGGAACAAAGGGUAACAGAGGUGCUAAAGGGAAGAAGGAUGAAAAACAGGAAGCUGCAAAAGAAGGCACAGAGAACUGAAUUGUUAGACGACGAAUGCGUGUAAACUGAAAUGAACAUUUGAAAAUGAUUUUAUGUACCUCUGGACAACUUUUAAAGGAUAUUUUUAUCAAGUAUUUUGUAAAGGCUAAUUUUUUAGGACAAGCUGUAUAUGAACAUUUGUUCUUUAUGUACUCAUGCUCCUAGAAACUCCAAACAUUGCCAAGUAUCAACAUAACAUCAGGGAAAGUGUUCAUAAGAUUGGACAAGCAUUCCAUAUAUUUGCUUUUAGGAAAUGUGCAUUUCAUUCAUACAGUCAUUUUUUUCCUUGUGGGUAUGUGGAUUUUUCUUGCAUUCUUUUCUAGAGCAAUAAUUGGUGAUGCUUUUGUACUUAAAUGUUAUGUGAUUUUAAGGAAAUGUGUAUAGAUGUGGCCAGCAGCUGAAUAUUUUGGGUUCCUCUCAUUUGUUUGAAAUUGCAAAAGACUUUCUGACAGUAAAUACAAAUUUUCAAUAUUUUCUCUAAAUCUGAGAUAUGCCUUAUUAAUACUUAGCUCUUGUUAGUAAGCACACUUAGUUAGAAGCAACUUCAGAAUCAGGGCCAAGUCUAUAGAAGUUAGCAGGAAUCCUAAAUCCAGUUACUUGACAAAAGGCUAGAGAACUUGGUGGAUAAAUAUUAAACCUAUGUAGUUUGGGGGGUAAAAGCUAUGUUGCUUAGCUAUCUCCAGGAAGCAUUUGUGACAAUUGCAAUUCUACAAUAAAUAAUUACAUUUAUAGCAUCUGUAUUUUAAAAGAAUUGCAUAACCUGGGGCCCAUUGAACUAGAAAUUGUUACCAUGUCUUGUGUGUUGCAUGGCAGCUUAACAUUAUUUUUGAGACCAAACAAGAAAGCUUUUCGAGCCUAUAGAUAGCUUGGUGGGCCACACAGAGCUUUAUGUUUGAGUCAGAAGGACUAGAAUAAGGUAAGGCAACGGCAAGAGGUUGAAGGCCAGUUUUCUGCCCCAGAAUCCCUAGGAACCACAUGGAUUUCCCAAAAACAAAAUAAAAAAUUCAAAGUGAGCAGAGCUCCACUUGUAGUUUUGAAUGCAAAAUAAUGCAGAAGCAACUGCAACAUAUCAAAUAAGUACAUUGUUAUUCCUAGGUGCUUCUUGGAGAGGCAGUUCUCCAUCUUCUUUUGAGUCAGAAAGAAGGUAUAGAAAGUUUAAAGGCCAGUGCUUCACCCACAGUAUACACAGCAGGAGGCUUGUUUCAAUUAAUUGAUGUUACUUCAAUGGACACUGAAGGUAAGCCGCUUCUACAAUGCCAUAUAAUCCAGAUUAUCAAAGCAGAUAAUCCACAUUAUCUGCUUUGAAGUAAAUUGUCUGAGUUUACACUGCCAUAUAAUCCAGCUCAAAGCAGAUAAUCUGGGUUUUAUAUGGCUGUGUAGAAGGGGCCCUAGUCUUGUACUGUACUAGCACAAAUUAAGUGAGAAAACUCAGUUUUUUUCUUGUUUGGGGAAAUUGAGAGGGAUAGCUUUUGCACCUCAGUCACCUUCCCCUUCAUGGAGGUGUAAACAUCUAAGGAAGUGGUUCUCAACCUGUGGGUCCCCGGGUGUUUUGGCCUACAACUCCCAGAAAUCCCAGUCAGUUUUCCAGCUGUUGGGUUUUCUGGGAGUUGAAGGCCAAAACAUCUGGGGAUCCACAGGUUGAGAACUACUGAUCUAAGGUUAUAAAACCAUGGUUCCUCCAUGCUUCAGGUUUUUUUUCUUCAGUAAUUUAUUUUUCUACUUUAUUAGCAGAUUGUGGUUGAGGUAUCAAAAUUAAACUUGAACAAGAAUGUGUGUUACUCCACUUGGUAGAGAUGAUGUACAUGAAAUACAUUUUGAAGAAGUUGUAAUAAUAAUCAAUUAGUCAAAUGGAUUUUUCUGGCACUAUGUUAAUAUAAUCAUCAAGCCAUUAUAAAUACCCAGUUGUUUUCCCAUCUAUAUUUUUCUCCCUUUGCUGGGCCUUGAAUAUUUAUGUUGUUUGUGGAAUGGUAGAGGAAAUAUUUCUUGUCUUUUGGUAAUAUUUUUAUUGCUGCGAUGAUGGCUAUAAUAAUGUCUGGGGAAUAUCUGCAUGUUUCAGUCAAUAAAUGAAGUUAUUACCAAAUAA